AUGUUUACGAAAAUGGGUAUAAUGUUCGCGCAGUCGUCUAGAGGAGCUCGCAUCGUCAUUAUGAACGGUUACAAGUAUCGAAAACAGAGGGAAAAUGGAAGCAAAGUGAGAUGGUUCUGCUCUCAGCAGGGAUACGGCUGCAGAUCUGUUAUAUACACAACUGACAAUAUUCUGAUCAACAUGAAAUAUGAACACAAUCAUGAUCCGCCAGAUGUUAUUAUGUAA